AUGCGAUGCCCGUUGUCCAUCCUCUCGCUGGCCGUCUUUCUGCCUGCAUGUAUCUCUGCAUCUUCACCUGUCGUCACAAUUAAGAAUGGAACCCUUCAGGGUCGACAUUCCCCUGAAUGGAACCAGGACUUCUUUCUAGGCAUUCCUUAUGCUCAACCUCCUCUCGGUGACUUACGUUUCAGAUGGCCUCAGUCCAUAAACACAUCCUUCGAAGGUGUCUUUGAUGCUUCUCAUUUUGGCUACAGCUGUUAUCAAUAUGGGAGCAACUUCAAUCUGAGUGAAGAUUGUCUGACCAUUAAUGUCGUACGUCCGUCUGGACACGAGCACGAAAUCCUGCCAGUUCUAGUUUGGAUAUACGGCGGCGGUCUGACUCUGGGCAGCACCGCUGAUCAGCAGUAUAACCUGAGUGGCAUUGUCCAAGCCUCGACCCAAACCGAUAACCCAUUCAUUGCGGUCAGCAUGAAUUACCGACUCGGCGUGUGGGGCUUUCUCAACACUCCGGUCGUCCAUGCCGAAGGUUCUUCGAAUGCAGGUCUACUCGACCAGCGACUUGGCCUGCGAUGGGUCCAAGAAAACAUACACUCAUUUGGCGGUGACUCUAAGCGAGUCACUGUAUGGGGAGAAAGCGCUGGUGCUCAGAGUAUUGGUCUGCAUUUAACCAGCUAUGAUGGCCGCAACGACAAUCUGUUCCAAGCUGCGAUCCUAGAAUCUGGUGGACCUGAAGGUGCAAGUUUAAAUACUUUGCCCUUCUACUCUGCUGCCACUGAUAAUCUCACGAGGACGGUUGGAUGUCCUAGAACCUGGACCAGUCCAUCUCAACUUGCAUGUCUCCGUAAUCUCAGUUCAGAGGCGCUGUUCGCUUCGAACUAUACUGUUGUCUGGAACCCAAUCGUUGAUGGCGACUUCCUCACAGACUACCCUUCGUCUCUCUUGGCCCAGAACAAGUUCAUUCGUAUACCGCUGCUUACCGGUGCAAAUACUGAUGAAGGCGUCAGUUUCAGCGUGCAGAACCUGAACACCACACUGGAUGUCUACAAUUCUCUUUUCUACUGGCGCAACUACGCCUUGUCUCCCUCCAGCAUUAGAAAGCUGUUGCAACUCUACCCAAACGAGCCUGCCGUAGAGCCUCCAUACUCCAACCAUGCGAAUGUUACAUAUCCUCAAUACGGACAGCAAUGGCGGCGCUCUGCUGCAAUUGGAGGUGAUCUCGUCAUGAUAGCACAACGACGCAGGACGGCAGAGCUCUACACGAAAGCUGGCCAGAAAGUUUUCUCCUACCGCUUCGACACACCUCUAUACAAUGCCACUGUACCCGGCUCAGUGAAGCACUUUGACAAUGUCAUGUUCAGUUUCCAGAACAUCUCGGGUGCAAUGGGGCUUUUGCCGCAGUACCAGCAUUACAGGACCUUGAGUACUAGCAUCGGCAAGUCAUAUGCCAACUUUGUGGGCACACACAACCCGAAUGGUGUCAACACGACUAGUGGUACGGGCUUGGCUCACUGGCCUCAGUAUAGCAUCGAGAAUCCUACGAAUAUGGUCUUAAAUGCCACUGCUAGCUUUGUCGAGAAGGAUACAUUCCGUAAAGAAGGCAUUAGUUUUAUCAACAGCAUUUGGCGGGAGUUGUUGGCAUGA